AUGGCCAGAAUCUCAAGGAAGAACCUAAUGUAUGUGUCUGUCUUACUGACUGUCACCUUUAUCCUGGGAUUUUUAAAUACUGACCCUUUGUACCCUCCGUUGGAUCACUGGAGACCUCCGUGUACCUGCUGUGAUCGUAGACUGACCACUGAUACUAUUACACCACUGCGAGACAACCGGACAUUUAUCAUAGCUCCAUAUUUUGAACAUCGAAUACACAAUAAACGCGCAGUCCGUAUCCUCAGCAUUAUCCACCAUAAAGAGGUAAAGGAGCUAUACUGCUGGUUUUGUUGUACCGUAAAGAAAUCUGUGGAGGUUUCCAAGGCCCAGAUAGACAUACUCAGUAAUCGGUUCGGUUUUCCCUACGGCGCAACAAACCUGAUCUGUAUGGAACCACCAGGCUGCCAUGCCAAGUACCUAUCUGUCCAUACGUCUCCUACAGGAAACAUGACACAAUUACCCCUGUUCCGAAUACAAAAUCAGGACAUGAGACCAUUUUCCACCAACUUCACGGUCUGCAUUUCCACCAUGUUUGGGAAUUACAGUAACGUCUUACAGUUCAUACAGACCAUGGAGAUGUACCGGAUACUGGGGGCUCCACAGGUCAUGAUCUACCUUAAUAACUGCAGCCCACAGGUGGGAAAAGUCAUUCAGUACUACAUUGCGGAAGGUAUUGUAGAGGUGAUACCAUGGCCAAUUGACAAAUACCUGAGACCGGCUCGAGCAUGGCACUAUUCUAUGGAAGCCAAGGAUAUUGGGUAUUAUGGUCAAGUGACAACACUCAAUGACUGCAUCUAUCGGAACAUGUACCGGAGUAAGUUUGUUCUGCUUAUUGAUCUUGAUGAAAUAAUUCUGCCAAUCAAACACCAGACAUGGGACAGCCUGAUGGAAAGUCUCCAGCAGCAGAACCCGGGAGUUGGGGUUUUCCUUUUUGAAAGUCACAAUUUUCCACAAACCAUCACCACUGACGGAAACUUCUCCAACAUUUCAUCUUGGAAGAGUUUACCGGGAUCCAAUAUACUGCAGUAUGUUCACCGUGAGGCAAACAGAUCGUACGAUUUCAAUCCUUGGAAAAUGAUUGUGGAUCCGAGGAAGGUCAUUCAAACAUGUGUACACAAUGUUAUAAGAUCUACAGGAGGUUCUAAAAAAGUCUCGGUGAAGACAGCCCUGCUUUACCAUUGUAGAGAGUCUCGUAAGAACUUACCUAAGAUUACUUUAAUUGAAGAUAGAACUAUCUGGAGAUAUAAUGCGUCAUUGAUUAGAAAUGUUAAUAAGGUUCUGAGCCAAGUAGACUUACAGAAAUAA